UCUGUCCGGUUUCAAAGAGGAAAGGUGAACGAUUAUAUAGGCGAAAUAAACAGAUUGGAGAUAUGACAAAUCAAAGCAAGAUUCUAAUAAAAGGGGGUAAAGUUGUCAACGAGGACUGCACCGUUAUUUCUGACGUUUACAUUGAAGAUGGAUUAAUCAAAGAGGUCGGAUUAAACCUGCAAAUACCAGGCGGAGUAAAAAUCAUAGAUGCCGCUGAUAAACUUGUCCUACCUGGAGGCAUCGAUACACACACCCACAUGGAACUGGAGUUUAUGGGCACGAAGGCUGUGGACGACUUCCAUACUGGGACUAAGGCUGCCCUGGCCGGAGGCACGACCAUGAUCCUGGACUUCGUCAUCCCCCAGAAGGGCACCUCGCUCCUAGAGGCCUAUGAGCGCUGGAGGGCCAUGGCGGACUCCAAGGUCUGCUGUGACUAUUCCCUCCAUGUGGCCGUCACCUGGUGGAGUGACACGGUCAAACAGGAAAUGGAGACUCUGGUCCAAGAGAAGGGUGUCAACUCCUUCAAGAUGUUCAUGGCCUACAAGGACAGCUUCAUGCUCCAGGAUCAUGAGCUUUAUACUGCCUUUUCCCAGUGCAAAGAGAUCGGCGCCAUCGCCCAGGUGCAUGCAGAGAAUGGAGAUCUCAUAGCGGAGGGGGCCAAGCGGAUGAUCUCUCUGGGAAUCACAGGGCCUGAAGGUCAUGAACUGUGCCGUCCAGAAGAGGUGGAGGCUGAGGCUACCCAGCGCGCCAUCACCAUUGCCCACUCCGUCAACUGCCCGCUCUAUGUGGUCCAUGUCAUGAGCAAGUCAGCCGCCAAGGUGGUGGCUAACGCACGCAGAAAUGGCCGGGUGGUGUUUGGCGAGCCAAUCGCAGCGGGUCUGGGCACAGACGGCACCCACUACUGGCAUGAGGACUGGGCCCACGCUGCAGGUUUUGUCAUGGGCCCCCCUUUGCGACCAGAUCCCAGCACCCCAGGAUACCUCAUGGACCUGCUGGCCAAUGAUGACCUCAGUGUGACAGGCACAGACAACUGCACCUUCUCUGUCUGUCAGAAAGCCCUGGGAAAGGACGACUUCACCAAAAUCCCCAACGGAGUGAAUGGGGUGGAGGACAGAAUGUCUGUCAUAUGGGAAAAGGGUGUGCACAGCGGAAAAAUGGACGAAAAUCGAUUUGUAGCUGUCACCAGCAGCAACGCGGCGAAAAUCUUUAACCUUUAUCCCCGGAAAGGAAGAAUUGGCAAAGGGUCGGAUGCUGACGUGGUCGUUUGGGACCCCAAUGCCACCAGGACAAUUUCUGCAAAGACGCACCACCAGGCAGUCGACCACAACAUCUUUGAGGGCAUGGUGUGCCACGGUCUUCCUGUGGUGACCAUCUCCCGUGGGAAGGUGGUGUACGAAGAGGGGGUCCUGCAGGCCGCUCCUGGUGAGGGCCGCUUCAUUGCCCGACGGCCCUUCCCAGAGUUUGUGUACAAGCGUGUGAAGCAGAGGGAACAGGUUGGGAAGCCCACUCCAGUGAACAGAAAGCCUUAUGAGGGUGAAGUCAUUUCCAUAUCAUCACAGAAUGGGACCGCAAGGCAUGGAGGACGGGACCUGCACCAGUCCUCCUUCACUCUCUCAGGAGAUGAUGAUGGUGUCUCCAGUCCACCCCACUCAUCUAAACGAGUGCUAGCGCCCCCUGGUGGGAAAUCCAGCAUUGCUUUCUGAAUGUGUCAAACAGAAUCUGAUGACACACUGUGCCUUUCAAUAAAGUAUAUUUUAUAACUGUUGCUUGUAAUUUACAGUGAUAUGAUUAUGAUUGUCACCAUGCU